UUCCUACAACGCAUGCGCGAUCUCGAAAGGAGACCAGUCGAGGUCGAACUGUAGAUUUAAUAUCGUCUUGGUCAGAAUUCAACAAAAUGCCCGCAGAUUAUGACAAGGACGCAUAUCCGGAGCCUCCGAGAAAGACUCCGGUUGUGGACAAACAGACAGCUUUGCCAAACCCAGCUCUGAUUCUGACUAAAGUCUUCUAUUACGCAGUUGACUUGCCUGUCACCACAUUUAGAGAUGUUGUUGACAGCAUUCGGUCGAAAAACAAGUUGGUCUACUACCACCAGAGGUUCCGCCGUGUUCCUGACCUGACUGAGUGCCAGGAGGGAGACUACGUCUGCUGCUACGAGGCAGAGAUGCAGUGGCGGAGAGACUAUAAGGUGGAUCAGGAGAUUGUGAAGGUGGUUCAGGAGCGGAUGAAGGCCUGCCAGCAGAGAGAAGGCGACAGCUUCCUGCAGAACUGCGCCAGGGAGAUCCAGCAGUUCAACGAUGUGACCAAGAACUAUCAGUCUCGCUAUGGAGACCUGGGCGCAUACGCCAGUGGGAGGAAAUGCUUAAUGAAGCAAAAAGAACGAAUGAUGGCAGCUCAGGCUCAAAGUGCUUAACAGUUCUGAUGUCAAAUGUAAUAACUGUAAAAUAAAGUUUGUGAAUAAUCUGA